AUGGAAUUCGUUGACGAAAAACCUUCAAUGGAUUAUCCAUCAUUGGUUAUGGUAGGUUUUUCAUUUAUGAAAUAUUUUAAUAGCAUAAUUCUCAGAGCAUUGAUGAGCAUCUAAAGAUCGAACGAGAUCAAUUCAAAAAUUUCUGCUCUGGUGAAUACGAGUCUAUUGACGACAUUUUGAAAAUAAAAUGUUGCGAUUUGCAUUGUAAUUUGAAAAUUACCAAGUGAGUGACUUCAAAAGUCACAAUUAUCCGCCAACUCAUUAAUUUUUAGGCUCUAUUGCCUAGAUUCGAGAGCAGCAUAUAUCAAACAUUUUCAUGAAAAUUCGGAAAAAUACAAGCAUCAAGUCUGGUAAACAUUGUUUUGCAAAAACAACAGUUAUUUUUACAGAUUAGACAAUUAUUUUUCACAAAUCCUUCAGAGUUUGAUUUGACAGCUCAAUUUCCGUGUUUGUCUAUGAGAUCUCGUAUUUAUGGCGUGGAAACGCACCGGUACGCUAACGUUUUUUGUUAAUACCAACAGAAAAUCGAAUAAUUUUUUAAAGUCAAUCGCGUGAAUUUUUGCAGGUUGCUUGAUUAUGCUUCCGGCGAGAAAAGUUAUCAGUCUCACAUAAAAAGAAAUCAUCAGAAAACAAUACUAAAUUUGGCUGAUGGUUUAGUCAACAUUGAACCAUUCGUUCAAUAUAAUCCUGCGGGAGGAAUAAUUAUACCAUCAAAUCACAAAAUUCGGUGUGUAAUUAAUUUCCAACCAAAUUAUUCUAUAAACUUUUACAGGGGCACAAAUGGUAAAAUUUUAAGAAGAAAAGUUUUGAAAAAUAAAUGUAAAAUGGCAAUUAGAAGACGAAAGGUGAUUAGAAAAUUAAUUGAAAAUUAACACCAUAUCCUAAUUUUUAGCGUGAUUUUUUCCUCCGAUGUUCUUGUUGUUCAUGCUUACAGUAUGAAAAAAUUCAUGGAUUUUUGAACAAAUCAAAGUCAAAGAAAAUGCUGGAUGCUCACUACAGCCAAAUCGGGUAAGAAAAUUCAACAUUGCAUGUGUUCUUUUUGAUUUUUCAAGAAAAUAUUUGGAAUAUCAAAUACCAGAACUUUUUUCUUUUCAUUUCAGAACGGAACGAGUUAUUACUUCAACUGUUGAAAAACUUUCGCGAAAAUCGGAUUGCGACUUGGUCGUUCUUCGGACGGACGGAAUGUCCAAUAAGAAUACGAAGCUUCCAAUGUUGGACCAAAGACCGAAAUUUAUCGGGGACAGCUUUCGUUUGACCAUUCAUCUAAACACUGUUCAAGUGGCAGAUUCUUCAGGUUUCAGUUUUCAUACAUACCUUGUCCGAAUUCCCUUUUACUUUUCCGAGUGUUUACUUUUCCGAGUGUUUGCUUUUCCGAGUGUUUUUGCUUUUCUGAGUGCGCAGGAAGAACAAAACAAGUAAAUAACUAAUGCUCUCUAUUUCAGAUGGAUUUCAAUAUAAAAAUUUUGAAUACAUUACUGCAGACAAAAAAUACAGAAUGACUUCAUCUUAUAUUUUGUCGAUAUACAUUGAUGCGAUGCUAAAGGUAAAAUACAGUUCAAAAUUCGAAUUCAAGUUACACUUUGUUUGCGAAUUUACUAAAUUAAUUUCGGAAGAAAGUUUCGUAAAAUUCUUAAAUUAAAGAAUAAUUCUGUUGAAAAAAUUUAUAAAUAGUUGACGAACAUCAUUUUUCUUCCAUAAUUUGCAGCUCAGUCACAUUCCGAGUCAUCUGAUCAUUAUAAUGGAUAAUGCAAGGAAUAACAAAUCAGAUGUUAUUAUCGGAGGAUUUGCUUAUCUUUUACACCACUUGAAAAAUGUUGAAAGGGUACUUAAAUUGUUCAAAGAAAUUAUUCAAACUUAUUUUGUAGGUGACUUUGUUGUAUCCGUCCGUUGGUCACACUCAUGGGCCAACGGACAGUCAUUUCGGUGUCAUCAGCGAUGUGUUGAAACACAGCGAAUGCGUGGACGUAUCAGGUUUUCAGAUUGAUUCUCAACAAUUCAGAAAAAUAGAGUAUUGAAAACUAUUUCAAAUUCAGAUUUUGAACGAGUUGUAUCCGAAAUUCCAUCCACCACAAGUGUACGCCAUAAUGUAUCAAUUUAUAAUUUCGACAACAUUAAAGAUCACAUGGUUCCUUGGAAAUAUCGAACUGAUGUUCAUCAAAUCGUAUUAUUGAAAGGAACUGGAGGUAUACCGUGAAAUUUCAUACCAAUACGAAAUAUUUCAAUACAUGAUUGCAGAUUUAGUUUUUAUUGAUGAAAUUGAACAAUUUCAGGCAAAGUCUACUGGAGUUGUUCAAAUGAAAUGA